AUGAGCUCAAUGGCGUCGGCCGACCACGCAAAGAGCGUAUAUGCUACUACCAGUGAAGCACUCCAAGCAGCCAAACAACGAUUCGCAGAGCGGAACGCUAAAAGCUCGCAUCUACACGAGGAAUCGAACAAAGCCCUGCCAGGAGGUAAUACGAGAAGUGUACUUCACACUGCGCCUUUUCCGGUAUUCCUGAAGAGCGGCAAAGGGUAUCAAGUUACGUCCGAGGAUGGUCAAACCUAUACAGACCUCGUUGGCGAAUUUACUGCCGCUUUAUAUGGCCACUCGCAACCCCUCAUACAAUCAGCGCUGGUCGAUGCUAUCAACAAGGUUGGUCUCAACUUGGGUGGAACGACUACCCUGGAGAUGAGGCACGCCGCACUGAUAUGUUCGCGAUACAAGCUUGAUCUUAUUCGAUUCACAAACUCAGGCACAGAGGCAAACCUUCAUGCUAUUCAAGGAGCGAGGAAGUUCACCGGCAAGAGGAAGGUUGUAGUUUUCACAGGGGGCUACCAUGGCGGUUGCUACACGUUUCCGGGAGAUCACCCUGCCGAGAACUGUGUAGACCAAGAGGAAUGGGUUAUUGCAGAGUUCAACGAUGUUGAAGACACGAGGAGGAAGAUCGAGGAGUCUGGAGACGUAGCUGCAGUGCUCAUCGAAGGCAUGCAGGGUAGAGGCCCGUGUCUCGUGGGUACUCAUGACUUCCUGCAUCAAGUUCAGGAAUCAGCAAAGAAAGCCGGCGCAGUCUUCAUUCUAGACGAAGUACAAACAAGCCGUUUGGCGCCAGGUGGACUACAAGAAGUUGAGGGGCUAGAGCCAGACAUCACGACUUUGGGCAAGUUCCUCGGUGGAGGAAUUACAUUUGGCGCAUUCGGUGGACGAGCAGACAUUAUGCGUGUAUACGACCCACGAGAGAAAGGAUCUUUAGGACAUUCCGGCACUUUCAACAACAAUACGCUUGGAAUGACAGCAGGAUACACUGGCCUUGCGAAUGUGUACACACCCGAAGUCUGUCGCAACUUCAAUGCGAUGGGUGAUAAACUUCGCCUCCGUCUCCAAGAGCUUUCGCACGGAACCAAGAUGACCGUUACGGGUUUGGGUACGAUCAUGGGUAUACAUUUCUUGUAUGAUGGCAAGAAGGAACUAAGAAGCUUCCGAGAUCGGCAUGAGGACCUUGAUCUGAGCAUGCUAUUCUGGCUCGAGAUGAUGGAAGCAGGAUUCUGGAUUACUCAACGAGGUAGCGUAGCCAUCAUCCUAGGUACACCCUGGGAGGAGUUGCAAAGGUUCUCAGACUGCGUACGGGGAUUUCUGGAGAGAUACAGGGGAUUGUUGAGUAUUUGA